CCGAGCUCGAGACUUCAAGUCUUGCGCACUUGCAUCGGAUCCAAGACGACGAACUCGCUUCUGUGCUAAUCGGGGGGUGCGAAUUCAUGGAAGCUGCGCGGCACACAAAACGCAUUGCUUACAGACCAGUGAUCGGGUGAUCUUUCGCGGAGAUUCUGGUUUUUUGGCUUUCGGCUCGUGUUUAAUCACCGUUGUUCGUCGUUGCAUAAUUCAGGCUUUGUGCUUCCGGGGGUCAAAUCGCUGGUUGAACCGAGUAGUGACGGAGUAGUUUUUCGUUCUUUGCAAGGCACUUGUUUGAGUAAACUGUGGUGAGGAUCAGGUGCAUUCGAGAGUGGCACAAUGUCUUACCAAUGUAAAAAUUGCGAUCGCGAAAAAGAUCAGAACAACAACUACGUCAACGCCACCUAUGCGGCCAACGUUCACGGGACCCGAGGGGGUCGAGGAGCAGCAGUAAGCACCAGAUCUGGAUCCGGUUCCGAACAGCGGACGACACGCGCCACCAGUGGAGGUCACUUGGAACAUUCUUCAGUAGGAACCGGUGGCGGAAUACAGGCGGCAAACACAGGUGGAGGGCCAGGAUCAGGGGCCACCCAGGUGACGGCCAAGGUGAUGUGGGGUUCGGUCGGAGCGAUUAAAGAACUCCGCGAGAAGGAACAGGCAGAACGAAAUCAGGUCACCAGGGCCGGACGCCGCCAGUAAAAUGUUGGCCUCGUCCAAAGACGACAGCGGCGAUGAUCGGCGAAGCGGUUUCUCGAAAAAUAACACAAAAAAGUUCAAUGAUACGCGAAAAAAGAACCCGAAACCAUGCUGUCCAAGAAAUGCGGAAAGAGGACAAGUGAAGCCAAGUGGCCGGCAGCGGAAGAUCGGGUCUCUGUGUGUGUUUGUGUGUUCGUGUGUUACUUCUUAAUUUCAUCUGAGUGUAGUGUUUUAUUUUUUGUGUCUCGUUAUUGUUGAACUAGAAACACUUCGUGUCGUUCUCCUCAAUGUUAUCAACUUUUAUUCUAGUAUCUAGUACUAGUAGCUUAAUUUAUCAUCAUUAUUAUGUAUUAUCAAUACCUGUUUAAUUGAUCAAAAAUAAAAGAACAACAACAACAAAGCCGCAGAACUGGAUGAACCUGACGCGCCUAAGGGGCCGCCAAAUGACAAUCGCAACACGAUCAAUCAAAGACAACCGAACUGACACGGGAGAUCCCACCAGCAAAUCUUGGGCGGUGGAGAUGUCAAUGACAACUGGCUUUACAACUUUCACCAUCGUGGUUCUAAUAUUCAUCCUCAUACCUGGACCUACUCGAGCUAGUAAAGACGCUAGCGUAGAAGAACCAACCGCCAUUAGCCCAAUCAAAUUCGAAAGAAUUGAACAGGUAGAAGAAGAAC